AUGCUGUCUCUCGUUCAGGACAAGAUCGCACUCUUGCAGUCGGCACUCGACGACCCAGCGAUUCAAUGGAAGCAGCUUGUGCUCGCGCUUCUCUGGGUCGUCUACGGCUUUGAGACGCUUCUCUCGCUUCGGCAAUACCGACUCUACAGCCUCGACACGCCGCCUGCCACGUUAGCCAGCCACGUCGACCUCGAAACCUUCAAGAAGUCACAGGUGUACGGGAGGGACAAAGCGCGCUUCGGUUUCUUCUCGUCUGCUAUCAGCCAGCUCCUCAGCGUUGCCCUCGUCUACUACGAUGUGUACGCCUGGAGCUGGACAUAUGCCGGCAUCAUCCUUACUCGACUCGGACAAGACGACAGCGAGAUUCCGCGCUCGAUUGUCUGGAUGAUGAUCAUGUUCGUCUUGCGCGAGGUCCCAAGCAUGCCGCUCACGCUGUAUCGCAACUUCGUCAUCGAAGAGCGACACGGCUUCAACAAGAUGACCGCGCGGACAUUUCUCACCGACACGCUCAAGGAAUGGAUGCUCGGUUUCGUCAUCGGCGUACCCCUCAUCUCGGCUUUGCUGUUCAUCAUUCGUUGGGCUGGUUCCACUUUCGUAGCGUACGUAGUCGUUUUCCUAUUCAGCUUCCAGAUCAUCGCCAUGGUACUCUACCCGACGGUCAUUCAGCCGCUCUUCAACAAGCUCACACCGCUUCCUCAAGGUGCUCUGCGCGACCGUGUCGUUGCGCUCGCCUCGUCGCUCAAGUUCCCGCUCAAACACAUCUACGUCAUCGACGGCAGCAAGCGCUCCUCGCACUCGAACGCCUACUUUUUCGGCGUCAUCCCCGGCGGCAACAAGCACAUUGUCAUCUUUGACACGCUCAUCGAGAAAUCGACGUCGGACGAGAUCGAGGCGGUGCUGGCGCACGAGCUUGGCCACUAUGCCAACAACGAUCCGACCAAGCUGCUCGUGCUGUCGCAGGUGCAGAUUUGGUUCACGAUGAGCCUGUUCACGCUGUUCAUCAAUAACGUCUCGUUGUACCGGUCCUUUGGAUUCCAGGUGGGACCGUCGCUGCUCGAAAAGGUGGCAGGCACGCCCUCGUCGCAGCUGCUCAAUUAUCUGCCAAUCAUUAUCGGGCUGGAGCUGUUCCAGCUCGUACUCAACCCGACGGACGCACUGGUCAAGUUCCUACUCAACUCGGCGGUGCGCAGAAUGGAGUAUGCCGCUGACCGCUUCGCUGCAACUCUCGAGCGGCCCGGUCCGACAUCUUCUGAGCUCGCCGCAGCGGCUGAGUACAACGCAGAGAAGGAGAAUGCGGCAGCCAAGGUCGAUCCCAAGCAGAAGGAGGAGUACGUCGAUCUUCUUGGCAAAGCGCUCAUCAAGCUGCAUGUCCAGAACUUGUCGACGAUGCACCAUGAUCCGCUCUUCUCGGCAUACCACUAUUCGCAUCCAACGCUGGCCGAGCGUCUCAAUGCUUUGCAGGCGCUUCGUCCCCAGCUCAAGAAGCAAAAGUAG